AUGUCGGCGGAGUAUAAGAAGGCUAAAGGAGCUGCUUUUAGUGUUGCCGCACCAGAUCAUGACCAUGUUUUCAUCAGCUCCAAACAACAUCUGAAGGAGUGCCAGAAAGCGAAGAAAGAUGAGUUGUCUUUCCUCGCCGCUACACGUCAGAUGUUUCAACCAACCUACACCAUGCUUGGACACAACUGGCUUGAUGAACGUGGUGCUGAGGGUAUCGGUUAUGUCAAGGCUGUUGGAACUCUACUACCAGAAAGAAUGCGGGAGAUAAUGCCAAACAUGCGCUUCAACAUCAAGACGUCAUUCAAUAGACUGCUCAGAGACCAGUGCAACCCUGAUGGUAGCAAAGUCAUGCCAGCUCCAGCGCUCAUCAAGAAAGUCAUGUGCGACUUGAACGGCUACGCGUUUUUCGGGAGCGAACUAGGUCAAGACAAAGCCUUCAUGGAGACCGUCCUAGAGUACAAUGAGCUUGUAGUGAUUGCCUCUGAAGUUCUUCGCAUUACACCAACGUUUCUCAAAGGAUGGGUCGGAACCUUCUUUAGGGACCGAGGUGGGAUUCAAGCUAGAGUGUUCAAGAUGAUCAACGGGGUCGUCGAGACGCGGCUACGAGAAAAGGCAGACAGGGAAGCCGGUCUUAUUGAUACACCUGCUCCUAGUGACCUUGUCACAUGGACAAUUGACACCGCCCCCACAGAGCUGAACUGGGGCGCCCGUCGGAUCACAUACGAGGUAAUCGCCCUUUGGUUUGGGUCUCUGCACGCCCUAUCAGCAACAACGUCCUACGCUCUGUACGACCUCUGCCUCUAUAAAGAGUACCUCUCGCCCCUCCGCGAAGAGCUCAGCAGCGAAGAGUUCACCAACUUCAUGAAUACAACCCAAGGCCUGCCCCUCCUCGACUCCUUCAUCAAAGAAUCCACGCGACACAACCCCAUGGAAGCCAUGUCCGGCCGCCGCCAAGCACUCAAAGACUUUUACUACUCAGACGGCACGAAAGUAGCAAAAGGCGCCUGGACAUGUGUCCCCGCUAAAGCUAUUCUACAAGACGAGCAGUACUUCCCUGAUGCGCUGCGCUUCAACGGCUUUCGCUUUGUGCCGCAUAAGGCGAAUGUACCAGACGGCGUUCGCAAGGCGCUACAGCCUGAGGGCCCCUCGAAGCUCACUGACAUCUCACCACAUUAUCAUAGUUGGGGCAUUGGCUCUGUAGUCUGCCCUGGUCGCUUCUAUGCAAGUGUGGCGAUGAAGCUUGUUCUCGAGCAUAUUGUGCAGAACUAUGAGGUUGAGCUUGUGGAUCCAAAGGCGGAGAGGGCGAGUAUUUGGCGGAGUUAUGUGCUGCCGGUGGAGCGCACGAAAGUACGAUUCACACCUCGGAGUGCUUAG